CGCGCUCUUUUCGGGACCUAUUUUGCUCAGUGUUCAGUGCUGUGCGAACGUUCGGUAAAAUGCCGCAAUUGUGCAAAAUUUGUCGCUCAAAUUCGAGUCGUUUGAUUUGCGUACCCAAAGACGGCAAAAAAAGACAACUAUGGAUAACUGCAACUCAAGUUCAAUUAAAAGAGAGCCAUAAAAUAUGUGAAAAUCAUUUCAAUGAAGGUGAUUUUCAUUAUGCAUCUGACAGCAUGGCAAAGCGCAGGCGUUUGCUACCAAACGCCGUUCCUCGAAGAGAGGAAUACUUAUAUACAGAGGCAAUACCCUCUGCUGUCGGUGCGAGUUUCUGUGAUUUUAGUUCGCAAACUGAAAAGGAAGUAAUUGAAUGCGGAAUAGCCCUAGACAAUGUGCGACUCAAACUAAAAAUCAAAGAAUUACAAAUGGAAAAUGAUCGGCUUGUCAGAAAACUACAGAGCCUGGAAAAGUUGGCAAACUCCCUGAAAAAUAUAUUCACCGAGAAGCAAAUAAGUAAGCUGGAGAAUGGAGGCACACGAAUAUGUUGGAGCUCCGAAGACAUUUCGGCAGGAAUUUGUCUGCAUGCUGCUGGACCCAGGGCCUAUAGGCAUCUACUCAAAAAGGGAUUUCCAUUGCCCUGUAUAUCCACACUGCACAGAUGGUCGCAAACGGUGGAGAUAAACCCUGGCCCGUUGCAUUUCAUAUUUGAACUUAUGGAGGCAGCUGUUGACCGGGAGAAUGAAGACAAACUGUGCGUUUUAUGUUUCGAUGAAAUGAAAAUCCGUGUAGCCUGCUCCGCCACAAAGCCGCGCAACUACGUGCAAGUGGCAAUGGCUCAGGGACUAUGCAAAUCUUGGAAGCAGCCCAUCUAUUACGAUUUUGACAAGCCCAUGACAAUGGACACGCUACACAUGCUGAUCAAAAGACUGUACACUGCACAAUAUCAUGUGGUGGCAAUGGUGUCCGAUAUGGGCAGCGCAAAUUCGAAAUUAUGGACACAGCUGGGAAUAUCCACAGAAAAAACAUGGUUUGAGCAUCCCGCUAAUGCAGAGAUGAAAAUUUAUGUAUUCGCCGAUGUGCCUCAACUGGUUAAGCAAAUAAGGAAUCACUUUCUGGACACUGGACUUGUGGUAAACGGCAAUAUAAUAUCCGCUGGGACUGUUAAGCAAGCGAUGAACCUUGCCUCUGCUUCCGAUUUGUCAGUUUCAUGGAAAAUAACGGAUGAACACUUGAACGUGAAUUUCACCGAAAGGCAAAAGAUCAAAUUUGCCACUCAAUUGCUCUCCAGCAACACAGCAAGUGCCAUUCGACGUUGCCAGCAACUGGGAUUGCAGGUUGAUAAUGCCAGUGAAACUGCCGAUUUCAUUACGCUGGCCAACGAUUGGUUCGACAUGUUUAAUGUUAAAUUGUCCACAGCCAACUCAAUUGCGACCAAGCAACCGUUUGGUAAAUCCCUAAAUGAGCAGCGUAAGCUGAUUGGUGAGAUGACUGCAGUCAUGUCUGCCUUGAAAGUGCCCAGCUCCAAGCAGAAGCAUCCCUUUCAGAAGGGCGUGAUUGUCAGCAAUACGUCGUUGGAUCAAUUAUUUCAAUAUGUGGGCACACAAUAUGGCAUGGAGCACUUGAUAACUAACAGAAUAUCGCUGCAGCCUUUGGAGCAUUUUUUCGACGCUCUACGGCCAAAGGCUGAGUCAAACGACCAUCCAAAUCCAAUGGAAUUCAAAUAUCGACUUCGGAAAUAUUUAUUAUCUAAUGGUUUGGGUAAAAUUACUUAAAUUUAAUUACAUGUUAACAUCAGCUAACGUUUCUAUAUUAUUGUUAUACAUUUUUCAUAUGUACAUAAAUAUGUGCAUAUGUUUGUUAGCUGUUCAAAAAUGUAUGAAAUUUCCUUAGAUUUUUUAUUUGUGUCCAUACAAUGGCUAUACCUGAAGAUAACAUAUCAAGCCAAAGCGAUCGAAACGCCUCAUUUAUAAAUAGAUUUAAAUGAUAAUACUAGAAAGUCUCAAAACAGAAUGCUUAUGAAAUUAAUAGUUGAACUAAAUACGAAAAUUUUAAUUAAAAAAGAAUUUUUAAAAUUUUAUAUUUAAGUACUUACCUUGGUUUUGAGGCCAGAAACUGAAAAUGGAAAUUAGUCGGUAAAGUGUUGUAGUUGUAAAUGAAACAGCAGAUAAUAUGUAUUCGAAUAAUACGAUAAUCUUUAUUCUAUUAAAGGUAAUA